GCAGCUGGCAACGCCUCCCCUCUGGACGUUGAAAAAGAACGUCAUCUGCUUCAUACAUUUAACUUAGCUUUAGCCAACAUUAGCUUACAGUUUACGUCGCGUCCAAAUAAUUAUGUUUCCCGUCAACCGAUAGUUCGUCUGCAUUCACCUGACAUUCCUUUCAAACAUGACUUUGAAAGCCCUACGCCGACGCGGAGACGGGUGGAGAGGGAAACUGAGAGGAUAGCUUUCAAUACGUGCUAGGUGGCUAGCGGCCGAUGGACGACAGAGGCUAAUGUUUCAAGAGCGCUAAGCCUAUCACAACAAGCCCGGCUCCUUAAACACAACCUGUCGCCGAAGUCACACGAACAAGGACUCGAAGACACCCCACAUCUUUAUCAGCAGCCGCGGGUCUCCGCAGAGCAGAGUCAUGGGUGCCUUCCUGGACAAGCCCAAAACGGAGAAGCACAAUGCUCACGGCGAAGGCAACGGCAUCCGCUACGGGCUGAGCUCCAUGCAGGGCUGGCGAGUGGAGAUGGAAGACUCCCACACUGCCGCGCUGGGACUGGCCGUGCCCGGACUGAGCGACUGGUCCUUUUUUGCCGUCUACGACGGCCACGCGGGCUCCAGGGUGGCCAACUACUGCUCCAAGCACCUCCUGGAACACAUCAUCAGCGCCAGUUUCGGGGUGGUGGGGCAGCAGAGCUCGACGGACGCCUCGACGGGCACCUCGGAGAGCGCCUCCGACGCCCCUCCGGCUGACUUCCCCCGUUCAGUGGAGGCAGUGAAGGCAGGCAUCCGGGCAGGCUUCCUGAGGAUCGACGAGCACAUGCGCAGCUUCUCGGACCUGCGCAACGGCAUGGACCGGAGCGGCUCCACGGCCGUGGGUGUGCUCCUGUCACCCGAGCAUUUCUUUUUCAUGAACUGCGGCGAUUCACGAGCCGUCUUGUACCGCAAUUCCCAAGUGUGCUUCUCCACGCACGACCACAAGCCGUGCAACCCGCGCGAGCGGGAGCGUAUCCAGAACGCCGGCGGAUCUGUCAUGAUCCAGAGGGUGAAUGGGUCGCUGGCCGUCUCCCGGGCCUUGGGGGACUAUGACUACAAGUGCGUGGUCGGCCGGGGCCCCACCGAGCAGCUGGUCAGCCCCGAGCCGGAUGUUGUCGAGAUGCUUCGGACACCCGAGCAGGAUCAGUUUGUCAUCCUGGCCUGCGACGGAAUCUGGGACGUCAUGUCCAACGAGGAGCUGUGCGAGUUUGUCAAAUCCCGCCUGGAGGUGUCCGACGACCUGGAGAGAGUUUGCAAUGAAGUGGUGGACACCUGUCUGCACAAGGGGAGCCGGGAUAACAUGAGCGUCGUCUUGGUGUGUUUGCCCAACGCUCCCAAAGUGUCACCGGAAGCCGUGAGCAGAGAUGCCGAGCUCAACCACUACCUGGAGUCCCGCGUGGAAGCGAUGCUUUCGGGGCCGGCCGACGAGGGCUUUCCCGACCUGGCGACGGUGAUGCGGAACCUGGCGGCUGACGGCGGCAUGCCGGCUCUGCCGCCAGGGGGAGGCCUUGCCAGCAAACAAAGCGUUAUCGAAGCGAUCUACAACAGUCUAAAUCCGUACAGAGAAGAAGAAGGGGUCAGUAUCCGCCGUGCUAUCCACGAGUUUGUGUCUUCAUCAUUUGACAAGUCCAAAUGAUUGCUGCGGAGGGCGGCGCUGUGUUCCCGAGUGUGUUUUUGCAAGUGUCCUGUUGUCGCUUGAAGCAGUUUGUUUGUUCAGCGCCUCCAUGAUUGUAAUGUCAUUGUUUCAGAAGACCUUUUCUUUGAUACUCAGGCUUUGAGCACGUUGCCGUAUUGGACUAAGUUCCCGGGUGUAUACUUGCAGGCAACGUGUCACUCUUUGGACCCCUAACCAGGUCAAAAUAUUGAAUUUGCACCCUUGCCACAUUAAACUUAAGGACUUCUAAAUGUUAUGGUCCACAAUUUUGCCCUUCUGACAAGUUUUGUUUGUUUCUGCAGAACCAAUAUAAUACUUUUGUUCAUCCAUUUCAAAUGUGGAAGACAUGAAACGAGCCACGUGCGCAGAUGCCCGAGUUGGGUUUCCGUAGCUUCACAAAUGUCAACAGUGUGCAGUGGCAGCACACGAAACACAAUAAAUAAAUAAAUUGAUAGAAGUAUUUGAAGUUGGUCUAGGCUAACCCAUCCCCGGUUGAGUGACGUGUGGAUUACCUCCACGGAAAAAUAAAAUGCAAAUUGGCGCUUGAAGUUGCCGUGCACGUGAAGCCAUAGCAGGAUGGAAAACGCGUGUCUAACUGUCUUCACCCUCUGAUUAACGCAGCCCUCCUGUUUCAUUUGGUAAGUGAUGACCUAAAUAAUCGCACCGCCUGGCCCUCGACUUCCUCUUUUCCCGCCAUUUGCUCUCACCUCUACGCAUACGACCUCACGUAGUCUCGCAGGCAUGUCGAAGGGCCGGCCCACCUUUUCUGUCCACCUCCCCUCCGCGUCCACUUGACGCUAGCAUGCGGAGGCGCGCCUUGUGUGUCGACAAUGGACUGACCCCCUUAUGUCAAACAUGCAUGCAACGACCCCCCCCUCCCCCACACCCCGCCCUCAUGGCAGGCUCUUCUUCAACCGCACGCAACAGCAGCAGUAGUUGCUGUCCGUCACUUCCUGUCAACAAGAGUCCUUCAAGUUCUUGCGCAGCCCUGAGAGAAUAGAAAUUGUGUCCCGCUUGCUUUCACUUUUAUUUUGUGUUCAGGGUGCUCACUGGAAGCGUCUUUACAUUAUAACCACUUUCUCUUUUCCUCCCUCUGUCCGUAAUGUGACCCUGUCCUCCUCCUCCUCCUCCUCCUCCUUCUCUCUUGGCGGGAUGGCUGUCCUCCCUUCAGAGCGGUGCCAACUUGGAGUGUCACUGGUAGAAGUUCCUGAUCUGCCUGGAGGACUUAAAACAGACACUCUUACUAAAAAAGAUCCAGGAUUGAAACUUUCAUUUUUUUUUCUCUAUCUUCUAUUUCUUUACAUUUUCCUCCACUGAGAAUUCACUCGUGGUUGAAAUUGGGAAGAUUAUGAUGGAGGCAAAAAGAAAGCACACUUGUUUUGUGCUGCGUAACUGCCUCGCUCUUCCCUUCCCCCAUUUCUCAAGGACCAUAAAAGACGAGAGAACCUCACAUGUUGCUCAACCAUUUCCAAAGCUUCCGAGUUCUCCCGACUCGUCUGAUGCUCUCCACUUGCUUGAAACACUCAACGUCGUUUUGCCUCAAAGCCACUUCAUCAUUUUUUUGUUGUUUUGCCGCGAUGUCCAAAGACCGCCACACCUCAAAGCCUCCUCUGCAGUCCCAAUUGGGCAGGUGUGUUUGAAAUGCUGCCGAAUCCUUUUUUUUUUUUUUUUUUUGCACGUGCUUCCUCAACUUGCCACUUGGUUGAUCGUCAUUGGACCCAACUCGCUUUGUUGCCAUAUGUAGAAAAACUGUCCAGAAUAAUUUAUAUCUGAAUAAUAUGCAGAGAUAUUUAUAUUUUCAGUUGCUUCUUCUUCAAACCCAGUCUUGUGGCCGAAUCUGACCUGUGCGGGAGUGUGAUCUGUCUUUGCGCAUACGUCGUGCUGCACUAGUUGGGUGGUAGAACACAAACGCACAAGGCCGUGCUCAGUAUUCCAAAACCAUAAUGUUCCAAAGAGUGUGUCUGUGUGUGUGUGCGUGUGUGUCUGUCUGUCGAAAAGGAAGAUCCAGUCUCACCUUUUUGACACACACUGGAUCCCACUUGUGCUGCCACUUCCCUUUUGUGAUUUGUAAAAUCAAUAAACAAACAAUUAGUUGAACAUGAGUUGACUUUCUAAAAGCCUGUUUUAAUUGUCCUGCGAUGCAGGUCACAUGACAGGUUGAAAACGGUUGAUGGGAAGCUGUUGAUUAGUUGAAUGCGAACUUCCAGUUCAAGCCUGGAUGCUUUUUUAAACUGAAGAGGUUUUUUUUAAUUUUUUUUAUUAAAGUUCUGGUGCAUAUACCUCAUGACAUUGAGCAGUUUUACUAGGAUCCAAGACUGCAUUUAGAGAACUUGCUUGUAACGAGUAAUACUUUUUACAUUUGAGUACUUGACACAUUCCCAGAAAUGAGCUCAGAUGCUGUAAUGCCGUCGUCCAAAGAAAAACAUGCAUUUCAAACUUUUGUGGUCUUUUUCACUUUCACCUUUGUUGAAGACAACUCACAAAAUUUGGAGACGCAUGCUUUUCAACGGACAGUUACGAAAAACAAAACAAAAAAUUCCCACCUAACAAUGCACUGGUUUUUGUUUCCUAUCUAAGAGUUAUUUAUGAGCAAUGUGAAAAUAAAUGUUCUCGUCCUUAGAAGAGUUUUUGUUUUAGGCGGCGAUGAUGCCAAUACAAAAGCAAACGAAGCACAAUAUGUACUGUACAGGUUGCUUUCUUUUCACCGCCAAAUUUGUGUUGACGUGAAUCUCGGGAUAUGUUGUUUUCAAAGUCACUCGUCAUCCCUUUCAAUUAUCCUGAGAUGACCGGUGGUCAAAAGAUGCAUGCUUGUUUAAAUAUUACAAGGUUUUCAUCAGCGAGCGAUGUGACCACCAACCCCCCCCAUAUUUGACAUUGGACGCUAUAUGCUAAAAGAAAGGUUUAUAAGUAGCAGCGGGUCUGGGUUGCGCAACGCCAAUCCAACGCCGGGUCAUCCGAGUCCGAGUGUACUAUACGUUGUGACCGGAUACGUUAAUAAAAAGAAUUUCAAACCUAGCGGCGCAGCCACCGCUUUGUUUGUUGUAAUGUAACAAAAUACACUUGCGUUGCCGCCAUCUUGGACAUGAUGGCCCAUAGUUACCAUUUGUUGUUUAGUCUGAACACAGAAGUCAAGUUUACAAGUUCCAGUGCAUCCUCCUGUACUUUUGACCGAAAACAUCAAUAAAAUUUGUUGUUUAAACCCUU